GGGUCUUGUGAUCUGUCUGGGAAUUGUUUUUCUGGGAGUUUCGCGUGAGGUUUGGACGUAUAGAUAUAGCGACUGGGGUGCCUAUGACAUGGGCAUGGGUACUUUCAGCUAAUAGAGAUGGAAUUCUCUCUGGCCUGGAAUGCACUCUCCACUUCCGUUGUUGCCCGACUCAGGGUGAAGUUCCCACGCUGUCCACAGCCAAGGAGGCCGGUGCACUUUGCGCGAGCGUCUCCUCCAGACACGACAACAAUUGAACAGCAUAUAUCCGGCGAAGGGGUGCCAAGACGAUGUCUAGACGUUCGCUUCACUAUCUUUACUACCUUCUACUCUCCCUGUCAUACGACAUUCAAAGCAUGGCGCAAACACUUCCAGCAUGUAUCUCUCUCACGGGGUCACGGCUAUGUCCAGCAUUCAACGAAUCCUUCGUCGCAGUUCAGCAAAGUGAUAAAUUCCCCUUUCUCAAUAACAUUACCACCGUCAGCGAGUUCGACGACCAGCUGCAAACCUAUCUUAAUGGUGAUCACGUACGGCAGAAAUACGACGUGCUGUUCAAUUGCUCCAGUUCGGGUCCGGAGAUUGGAAAUGUGACGGAUGUGUUUUGUGCGAGGUGGACGAGGACGGUGAUGUGUGCCAGUAUUGUGCAGGAGAGUUUGGAGCCGUGCCAGUUGUCUGAGGACCUCAGGUAGCUUGAAGUUUAGCAAAGGUUUGACGAAACAAAGCUUAUUCGGACUACAGCCAGCCAGUUUGUGUGGAUACAUGCGCUCAAUGGGCGACAUCGGAGGAGUCGAUCGUGGUUAACUCG